AUGUCAGCUGCCGCCCAUUCUCCAGGUAGUCCCCGGCUCAGUUGGCAGGAGCAGCUUCAAGAGCACUGCCGUCGUGCGAAGAUUGGGGCCCCCGUGUUCAACAUCAUGUCCGAACGUCGAGGAGGUCGCACAGCUUGGUCUAGCACCGUUACGAUCAACGGACACAACUUCGCCGCACGGAUGUGGUACGAUGGCCAGUAUACCAACAACGCAAAGGAAGAUGUCGCCGAGGUUGCCUUGAAGAAUCUCAACCAGACUCCGAAUCAGCAUCCUACCCUUUACCCGGGCCAGCUCUUCCCUUACCAGCAAUCGGCAUCUACAUUUCCCCGGCGUUAG